GGGGAUGAUCUGAAACGGCCGGUCCACGGGAUGCCGACGUUUUUUUCUAGCCCCCAAUUGGAGCUUGUCAGCGUGAACGUGUUCGAAACCCGGAUACGCCAAACGUCGAAGCUCCCUUGCCGACUAGUGUAGUGUAGGUUGUGUGUACGGAUUACGGUCUGCGCGCUGCACCUUCCAAGACGCCAUGAAACUCUGAUUAUCUAAUUCUUUGUUUCUUCUUUUUUUUGUUAAUCUGAACUUUGAAGGAGCACCGCCAUGGCGUCGGGACGCCAAUUGAGCUUUCUGCUCACCCUCGGCUGGCUCAGUGCCCUCUUGACCGCCCUUGGCUUCGCAACUGCAGUAUCAGCGAACGCGGCUACCGAUGACGAACCGAUCCUGCACCGCGAGAUUGGGCGCCAGAAUAAUCAGAGUUUACUAUGGGGCCCCUAUCGCCCCAACCUCUACUUCGGGGUGCGCCCCAGGAUCCCUCAGAGCUUGAUGACGGGCUUGAUGUGGGGCAAAGUCGAGACAUACACUGACUUCCAGCACACGGUACGGUACACCUGCGAACAGAAUGAGGGCAUGAAGGGGUAUGGAUGGGAGGAGUACGACCCCCGGCGGGGCGGUAUCCAGACCAUCCACGACAUCCAGAACGGCCUCGACCUCACCACCUCGUUCGUCAAGGUACCCGGCGGCACGCACGGGGGCAAUUGGGCGGCACGCAUCAAGGGAGUGCUCAACGGUGAUGCGCCCAAGGACCAGAAGACUAUCGUGGCCUUCUACGUCACCCAGGAAGGGGCCGACUCGGAGCUGCAGGCGCUUCCCGGCGAGGAUCAGUUUGGAUAUGAGGGGGACGUCACCCUGAAGGGGCACUCGGAGUCGCUUGGUAACUACAAGCUUGUCGUCACGAGAGGCCAAGGGGUCCAGCCCAAGAGCGACCAUGACAUCUCGCGAAUCCGCGGUCCCGGCCAGACCGUCGUCCAGUCCUUGACCUACCCCGAGGAGCACAUAUGGCAGGCGAAGCCGAUCCUAUUCAGACAGCUCAAGGAGGGCGUCGACUGGUUGGUCGAGAACAAAUACGACGUCCAGGACCCCCCGCCGCCAUGGCAAGUGUACUUGCUCACCAACCGACCCGGCGCCGGAAACGUGCAUAUCGUGCAGAAGGUCUUUGAAGGCGACUUUGAGUUCGAUGUGCUCUUCUCUAGCGAGUCGGCAGGCAAAGAGCUGACGAGCGCCGAUCUGUCGAGGGAGAUCAAGGAGACGACCGAGUCCUUCGCCGAGCGCUUCUCGAGCGUGUUCGCCCCGAAGGCUCCCUUCAGUGCUGACAGGUUCAAAGAGUUUGGCCGGAGCAUGUUCUCCAACCUGAUCGGCGGCAUCGGCUACUUCUACGGACAUGCCGUCGUGGACCGGUCGUACGCGCCCGAGUACGAUGAGGAGAACGAGGGUUUCUGGGAGGAGACUGCCGAAGCGCGGGCCCGCAACCAGCAGGCAUUGGAGGGGCCGUACGAGCUGUUCACGAGCAUCCCAUCCCGGCCGUUCUUCCCGAGGGGCUUCCUGUGGGAUGAGGGGUUUCACCUCCUUCCCAUCGCCGACUGGGACAUGAACCUCACUCUCGAGAUUGUCAAGAGCUGGUUCAACCUGAUGGACGAGGACGGCUGGAUCGGCCGCGAGCAGAUCCUCGGCGCCGAAGCACGCAGCAAAGUCCCCCCCGAGUUCCAGACACAAUAUCCCCACUACGCCAACCCGCCGACCCUCUUUUUCAUCAUCGACGCGUUUGUGGAAAGGCUCGCCGGGGCGGCAAAUGGCAGUCUAGGAGACUCGGGCAAAGAACGACUCGCGCAACAGCACGACGAGUCCCUCCCCGCCACCGCCUCCCUCGAUAACCCGGAAGUCGGCCUCGAACACCUCCGGCGCCUGUACCCCCUCCUGCAGCGCCAGUUCAACUGGUUCCGCAGGACCCAGGCCGGCGACAUCAAGUCCUACGAGCGGGAGGCCUACUCCUCCCAGGAAGGCUACCGCUGGCGCGGCCGCACGCCCACGCACUGCCUGACGAGCGGGCUGGACGACUACCCGCGCCCGCAGCCGCCGCACCCCGGCGAGCUGCACGUCGACCUGCUGUCGUGGGUGGGCGUCAUGGCGCGGUCGCUGGCCAACGUUGCCGACGCGCUCGGCCUCUCCGCAGACGCGGAGCAGUACAAGAAGGUCCUGACCGCCAUCGAGCGCAACCUGGACGACCUCCACUGGUCCGAAAAGGACGGCUGCUACUGCGACGCGACCGUGGACGACUUUGAGGAGCACACGCUCGUCUGCCACAAGGGCUACAUCUCGCUCUUCCCGUUCCUGACGGGCCUGCUCAAGCCCGACAGCCCCAGGUUGGGGAGGCUGCUCAAGCUGAUAGGCGACGAGGAGGAGCUCUGGAGUCCGCACGGCCUGCGCAGCCUGAGCAAACAGGACGAGUUCUACGGCACGGCUGAAAACUACUGGCGCAGUCCGGUGUGGAUCAACAUCAAUUACUUGGCGAUUGUCCAGCUUUACAACGUGGCCACACAGGAAGGUCCCCAUAGGGAGACGGCGCGAGACCUGUACUCGCGCCUGCGCAAGAACAUUGUCGACACGGUCUACCAGAGCUGGGAGGAGACGGGCUUCGCGUGGGAGCAGUACAACCCCGAGACGGGUAAGGGCCAGCGCACGCAGCACUUCACUGGCUGGACCAGUCUGGUGGUGAAGAUCAUGGCCAUGGAGGACUUGCCAGCGGCCGAGGCGGCAGCGGGGCAUGUGAGGGACGAGCUGUAGAUAGUUUCUAAUAUCUUUGUUGUAGAUCUCUUUGUCAACGGGCUAAUAAUUAGAACAUAAUCCUGUCUCAUGUCGACGUAAACGAGCCUCAUAACCUGGGCCCCCCAACUCAAAAUGAGAUGUGGUGACGAAGGUGCUUUGACGAAAUCGUGCGU